GCCUUGAGCAAACCCAUGGCUUUAUCACAUGAUAUAUUUCCCAGGGUGCAGCCUCAUGCUUAUUCAUGGAUCAACAAAUAUGGGAAGAAUUAUCUUAAUUGGAAUGGUGCUCAACCUCAACUAGUGAUUACAGAAACAGCGCUAAUCAAAGAGGUACUGAAUAACAGAGAUAGGGCGUACCUCAAAGUGGGCCUCCCUUUCUAUGUCAUGAAGCUAAUGGGAGAUGGACUCGCUACAUCUGAAGGUGAAAAGUGGGCAAAGCACCGGAAAUUGCUGAACUAUGUUUUUCAAGGGGAAAGCCUUGAAAAUAUGAUUCCGGAAAUGAUAGUCAGUGUUGAAAAGAUGCUGGAAACAUGGAAACAUCACGAGGGGAAAGAGAUUGAGGUGUUCGAAGAAUUUAGGUUAUUGACUUCGGAAGUGAUAUCAAGGACAGCCUUCGGGAGUAGUUACUUAGAAGGGCAGAACAUUUUCGAUAUGUUGAUUAAUUAUUCUGUGAUUUCACGAAGGAAUGCUUUUAAAGUAAGAUUUCCAGGCAUCAGUAAAAUCUGGAAAACGGCCGAUGAGAUAGAAGCAGAUAAGCUUCUGAGAGUGAUGCACAGCUCGGUGAUGGAGAUUAUCAAGCGAAGAGAAGAAAAAAUGAAAAAUGGAGAUGUAGACAGCUUCGGUACUGAUUUUCUUGGAUUACUUUUAAAUGCUUAUCAUGAUGUCGAUGAGAACAAAAGGCUCCAUGUGGAAGAUUUGAUUGAUGAGUGCAAGACAUUUUAUAUUGCUGGACAAGAAACUAGUAAUUCAUUGCUUUCAUGGACUGUCUUGCUUUUAGCAAUCCAUACAGAUUGGCAAGAGAAAGCAAGAGCAGAAGUGAGUGAGCUGUUUGGUGACCAAAAUCCACAUCCUGAUGGCUUAUCUAAACUAAAAACAAUAACCAUGAUCAUCAACGAGGCCUUAAGACUGUAUCCUCCUGCAAUUGGCUUUAUACGGAAAUGUGAAAGAGAAGUUAGAUUGGGGAAACUCAUUCUCCCUGCCAAUCUGAACUUGUUCAUUACGAAUUUGGCAGUUCAUCAUGAUCCUCAAAUCUGGGGAGACGAUACUCAUGUGUUCAAUCCGGAGAGGUUUUCAGAAGGGGUGGCUAAAGCUACAAACAACAACGUGGCUGCCUAUUUUCCUUUCGGAAUUGGGCCUCGAACUUGCGUUGGUUUCAACUUUGCAACGGUGGGAACAAAGGUUGCACUGGCCAUGAUUCUGCAACACCACACCUUCACCCUCUCCCCAACUUAUGUUCACUCACCUGUUCUCCAUUUUACACUCGUGCCUCAACAUGGAAUUCAGGUGAUCCUCCACUCUUUGCAGACAAAGCUUUUGAUCCUUGUCACGAGUUUUUGUUGCCUGUUCUGCCUCAUAGCUCUACUGAGGGUCUUUCACAGAUAUUGGUGGAUACCUUUCCGAAUACAGUAUACUAUGAGUCUACAGGGAAUCAAAGGACCCCUUUAUGAGUUCAUCCAUGGAAACAACAAAGCAUCUACCGAUAUGAAAAUGGAAGCAUACCGCAAACCUAUGGCGGCCUUGACUCAUGAUAUAGCUCCCAGAGUGCUACCUCAGAUUUACUCCUGGAUCAACAUCUACGGGAAGAAUUAUCUUACCUGGCAGGGAAUUCGACCUCAACUGGUGAUUACAGAAGCGGAACUAGUCAAAGAGGUUCUGAGAAACAGCGAAGGAGCUUUCCCAAAAAAGAAGGCCGAAGACUUUAUUCAUAAGAUACUUGGGGACGGGCUUGUGGCAACCGAAGGUGGCAAAUGGGCCAGGCAGAGGAAGUUGGCAAAUCAUGCAUUUCAUGGGGAGAGCUUAAAAAACAUGACUCCGGCAGUAAUUGCUAGCGUUGAGGCAAUGCUGGAGAAUUGGAAAGGCCAUGAAGGCAAAGAGAUCGAAGUGUUUGAAGAAUUCAGGUUACUUACUUCGGAAGUUAUAUCGAGAACAGCUUUUGGUAGCAGUUACUUGGAAGGGGAGAAGAUUUUCGAGAUGUUGAUGAAGUUAUCGAUAAUUGCUAACAGAAAUUUUCAUAAAGCUAGGAUUCCUGGCAUCAGCAAGAUUUGGAAGACUGCUGAUGAAAUAGAAUCAGAGAAACUUGCUAAAGGGAUUCAUGAUUGUGUGAUGGAUAUGGUUAAGAAAAGGGAAGAGAAAGUACUGACCGGAGAAGCUGAUAACUUUGGCACUGAUUUUCUGGGAUUACUUGUAAAAGCUUAUCAUGAUGAGGAUGAGAGAAACAGGCUUUCAGUAGAAGAUUUGGUAGAUGAGUGCAAAACAUUCUACUUUGCUGGACAAGAAACCACUAAUUCCUUGCUCGCAUGGACAGUCCUGGUUUUAGCAAUUCAUACAGAUUGGCAAGAGAAAGCAAGAAGAGAGGUGAUUGAGGUAUUUGGGAACAAAAAUCCACAUUCUGAAGGCAUUGCCAAACUAAAAACUAUGAACUUGAUCAUCAAUGAAACCUUAAGAUUGUAUCCUCCUGUGGUUGCCACCGUUAGAGAAGUUGGAAGAGAAGUUCAUUUGGGGAAGCUCGUUCUGCCUGAUAAUAUAGAGGUUCUGAUUCCCAACAUGGUACUUCACCAUGACCCUGAUUUAUGGGGAGAUGAUGUGCAUCUUUUCAAACCAGAUAGGUUCACAGAAGGGACUGCCAAAGCUACCAAAUACAAUGCAGCUGCAUUCAUUCCCUUUUCAUUGGGACCUCGAUCUUGCGUGGGUAUGAGCUUUGCAACCACAGAAACAAAGACUGCUCUCUCAAUGAUUCUACAACGCUACACCUUUACUCUCUCCCCAUCCUAUGUUCACUCUCCAUUUACUCAACUUAUGCUUCAGCCACAACAUGGAAUUCAAGUAAUGCUUCAUUCACUAUAG